AUGAGUCGUGGUAGAGGUGUAUUAAUGCCAUUAAAUACAGAGAAUAUUCCAUCUCAUGCUAAUCCUCAUCAACAGCAUAUACUUGCCAUUAGUCGAAAUCUACGUCGAUAUUAUAGUGCACGAAUACUUAACUUAAAUGCAACUAUAAUAUCUGAACGUCGUAUAUCAGAUAAUUUAAGAAUUGGAUUAGCAAAUGAAAUUGUCGUGGUUCAUAAUCAACAAACUAAUGAAAGAUUAUAUCAAAUUCAAAUUCUUAUGGAUGAGGGUGUGGGCGUGGGUGUAUGA